AUGUCGGAAAUUGCACCGAUAAAGUACGACAAUGCUAGACGUACAAAAUCCGGACUAAUUUCUCGUCUCGUUUACAUUACAAAACUUUUAACUAAACCCGAGUUUUACAAUGCUCUUACAGAACCUAUGGGCAAUGUGGGCGAUCAAGAUUCAAUUUUGGGAACGGUCUGUUACGGAUGUCUUUUAUUCAGUGAGCUAAUUAAAAGACGUCCACAGAUCAUUCGAGCACUCAGUAAAGUGACAAAUCACAUGUUACAAUUGGCUAUAAGAGUUAUUAGCCCUUUGAUACAUUCCAGCAAGUUUGCAGCAGUGCUGAGCUAUAGAUUGCAAGUGUUGCAGAGAAACACGGAGGAAGAAAAUGAGGCAGUGUUAAGCCCAAAGGAGCUACAAUUAAGUCAAGUUUUGAAAUCGAUCUCCUCGUAUAUUUCCGAUAUAAGAAUCUUUGGCCGAAUGUGGGCUAUUCCUGGUAGCAUAGCGUCGACAAUUACUGGGUUGGAGCGUACUUAUAGCGAAAAGAAUUCCUCACCAUUAUUCAAACUAGUUGAGGCAUUUGGUGUUGUGAUUGGAAACGGAAACCAGCCACUCGAAAAUAUGGCUUUUGCAUGUGGUCAUAGAUGGUCACUGUAUGAGGAUAAAAAGUCAGGAGCCAUAAGUUCAUACUGUUACUCGCGGUCUUCGCGUUGUUGGUGUGCAUCAAUCAUUGUAACGUUAAUUAAAAUACUAAGACAGAUGUUCAUAUACAGGAAGAAUGGAGAGAAAGUUUUCGGAAAUGUUUCAUUGGACGAAAAUCUUUUAAGAAACCUCCUCAACUUGCCAUUGAGUUAUCACUGGUCAUUCCCAGAAGGCAGACUCAGCCAACUUACAGUUGCAAUUCUUGCACUUGGAGCGUCACUCAUCAAAACCAGAAAGAUAAUGUACGGUGUCGGAUAUAAAAUCCGGAGUAUCACAGUGUAA